AUGCGGACGGAGGUUCAGUGUGGUUGCGAGUUCAUCUCGACUCUUCUGACGCAGCGGCAUUUGCCCAUACAAUUCUCCCGGUCGUUCAGACGGCGAAUGGAAGAGCUACUGCUGGCGCGAUUCAGAGACCAUUGGGACCCGACGAACCCCACACGCGGCAGCGCCUACCGCUGCAUCAGAAUCAACGGCUCCCGACUCGACCCUGUCGUAAGGGAAGCGGCUAAAGUCACUGGUCUAUCGAACAUCUCCGAGUACCUUCCUACCCAACUGACGCUCUGGAUCGACCCCCGCGACGUGUCGUACAGAAUCGGCGAGGACGGUUCCAUCUGCUCGUGUACGAUGGACCUCCCUACCAGCGGUGUCUCUCGUUCCAGUACCUAUGGCGGGGCGGCGUCUCCUUCUUGGAAUCAUCCUACGCACAGCGUGGCGACCGCUCCCCGGACUUCACCAGUUCCGUCUCGGACGGCGUCUCCCUCGCCCGUGAAAAGAAGCACAAGCACGCCAGCCAAGCACCGCUCCAUAACGCCGCCCAGCGUCGCUGGGAGAGUGUCUCCGGCGUCUUCCUCGUCGCCUCCCAACAGCGGACACACCAGUUACUACAUGAACCAAAUGUACGACAGUUUGUCGCGGCUCGACUACGCCAUACCCGUGCGAGUGUAA